AUGCCCACUGGAUCUAAUGAGAUUAAUUGGACUGCACGUGGACGCUACAAUGUUGUUGUUAACUUCUUCCAAGAUGCUAUGCAAACGCGUAAUAACACCGUAGAUUUAUACAUAAAGAAUGUACGGGAAGAAAUUAAGAAGAAACGAGAACGAUUAGAAAUAGAGAAAAAUCAUCAAGAAAAAGUGAUUGCGAACCUGUCGGCGCAGAAAGAGGAAACUAUCAGGAAGACUUUUUUCGCACGAGCUGCCGAAAUAAAAGAAGAAAUGUUUCGAGAAUUUGAAGAAGGAGAGAAGCAGGCCGAUGUAGAAUUCAACAGUUUAGACAUAACCAAGCCAUUGACUAUAAAUAAAGAACCUGGAAAGAAAACAUUGAGAGGACGAGGAGCUGGACCCUCUGAACCCGUUCAAUUUGUAGCUCCCGUAGGAAGAAGUGCACUUAAUAUGGCUCCUCAAACCCAUUACCUACUGAGCGAUGGAGAGAUUUUAUCAGAUUUGAAAGCUGUUAAUGCAGCAACCAACGACAAAUAUCAUGUGAAAUAUCAUAAAGUUGCGGACGCAAUUUUCACAAAACAAAAACUUACAUAUGAUGGAAAGAAUUACAAACAAGGCGAAGAAUGCGUUGUGGAAAAUGAAGAAUAUGGCCGCUUCCCCGCUAGGAUAGAUUUCAUAUCAGAUAGAGUAGUAGUGCUCAAGGCAACUAUGUCGUGGGAUAUUCGUCAAGUGUAUGCAUCUAGAGCUGAUCUCAUUGAAGGCCGUGUAUUAAUGUACAAGAAAAGAAACGCUUAG